AUGGACCUGCCAGCGAUCGGGCAAGACGAGGCAUACAACAUCGCUAGCAUGAUCGCCAAGGUCACGGAGCUUGACGACUAUGCGCCGUCGUGGCUUCGCCUUCAGUAUCUCUCCGAGGUGCUGCAGUCGAACCUCAACGAGGUACGGUACCUCUGGUUCGAGAGCGAGCUGAGCCUCUACUUCUCAGCAGGCGAGGUUAUUGACCUCGUAAACGUGAGUUUUGAGGCGAACGCCCGGUCCAAGGAGGUUAUCCGAGAAAUCAAGGAAAGGCCGCACCCUCGCUCGGAGUGA